CCAAGAUUUUGGCGUUCUAUUGUACUCUAGCUAGACACCGGUACCGUACAUCUAGUAUGCUAGAUCUAGAUCUUAGAUCUGCAAUCUGGUUGGCUGGAAACGUCAGUAUGGUAAGAAAAAGCUUAACCAAUUAUCAUAAAUUUAUUGAUUUGAAGUGGAUGGCCACAACGGACAUCCACAAGAGGAUAGUCCACAACUAGCCGACCAGAUCCAAACAAUAACCGAUGCCAUGAAGAAGAGCCAUUGGAUCAGCCUUGCUAUCGCAUGGACUAGCUUUGCAGAUGGCUUUUUACAGCCACAACCAAGCAGAUUGAAUCACCAUGGAGCGUCUCGUCCUCUCUGGAUGUCUACAGUGGCGUUCGCGAGGGACGGAGAGCUUCAACCAGGCAUUGAUGCCAUUGAUGCCGCCAAUCCGACCCUGUACCAGAAGCUGUCGAAUUUGCGAGGUGAUCCGUAUUUUCAGUUCUACAGCGUUGACAUACUCGGUAGCUGCGAGUACAUUCCACAGGAAUUGUUUGAGUGCUAUAGUGAAACCUGCGAAAUAUACCCAGUCGGCGAUGAAGAGGUUCCAGACCCGAUAAAGAUGGUAGACUCUGCAGAGCACGACUUUGAGCUUGAUGGUUUUGCUCGGUGGGACAUGCCGACAGAUGACUACUAUGAUGUUGCCGCAUUCCCCGAAGGAUACACAGGUUACGAUGGUCGUGAAGUCUGGGAGUAUAUCCAUAACAGAAUCUGUUUUCCAGUUGCCUAUAGUGACCAGCACUGGAAAGCCGACUUCAACAGGGCAGUGUCAGGACUCCACUCCAUGAUCUCAGCACAGGUCACCCGGGGUAUCCAAGAACGAGUGGAUGCCGGCGAGCCAUUUUCCGACGAUGAAGUUUGGAGAGAUCCAGAUGCCGAAUUCGCUCGACGUCUGGGUCCUCAGGGAGACAAUCCACUAGCCCUCGAGAAUCUCUACUUUGGCUACAUGCUACUGCUCUCCGCAGCCGCCAAGGCAAAGCCCAUUUUGCUGCAGGGUGUUGGAUCUGUGGGAAGCAGCGAUGCCUUGCGAGACAUCCUCGAUGAUCCCAUUGUAAGCGACAAUUCUGUUGGGGUGGCACUGAGCAAGCUAGAAAAUCAUGUCAUGAUGGACCCAACAUCGCUAUGGGAAGCAAGAAUGAGGACACGUGAACUUGCACGCAUUAUGAACUGUGUUCAAUGCAACAAAUGCCGUCUCCAUGGCAAGAUAUCCACCAUGGGACUCUCCACAGCAUUCCAAAUUCUACUUGGAGGGAACAUCUCGAGUCUGCGUCGAGUUGAAAUAGCCACGUUCAUCGCCACUCUGCAUAAGUUUUCUACUGCAGUCGAUUUCUGCCAACGGAAAUUGAUGUACUAGCUGCUUGGAGCCCGCUACAACCAGGAUUCAAUGGAUGUGUCGUUUCUGUUGCAACCAGCCUCAGGAACCCUGUUGGCACACUCAUUGUACAGCUUAUAUGGUAAAUUCAUGUACGUAGUCGACCUAUUAAAUUUGGUUUCUUUUCAGUUGGCAAGCUAUGAACCGUCCAAACUUAUGAACGACCAAGUAGACUCUGUGGUUUUCAAGCGUCCGGUAGAGGUAGUUCAGUCAAUGAUUUAAACAUACUUUGGUCCACCCACCACCGACGAGACGACUGAUUUCGAGCUGCCCGAGAGGGCACGGAACUACUUACAUUGCUGAUGAGAGUACCACUACCGGUACGGUACGGUUUGCUGGUACCGGUACUGAUUAGGCAACUCCACUCUCACUGGCGGCAUGCGAUAACUCCUCUUCGGCACUCCACAGGGCAAUGCGCGGAGUUCUAUAAUCGUGGGCAGGGUGAGGACAGCAUUCCGUUGUGACCCACCCCGCCGCGGACAGAGCGAACGACUACCGGGGGUCGCGACGGACCUCGUUGCAGCGAAAGCAACUGUGCCCGAAGCCCAAGCGUCGCGACGCUCAGAGAAAGACUAGUUGGGAUUGGAUGCUCGCACUCAGCGGUUGUUGUUACGGACAAGUCUACAGAACAGGUUCUACAACAUACAUUGUAGUUUAUGAGCUGGUAGUAUACAUACACGUGUCGUUCGUCGCG